GUGCGCGCUCCCGCCUCAUCCCUCAGUCGAAGGCCGAGAGGAAAAGAUGGCAGCGUCCGUGUGUCGAGCCGGCGGCGCCGUGGGCAGAGCUCUGGCCCGGGCCAGGAGUCCGGCCCUGCUGUCCCUGCGCCGGGGCCAGGCCGGGGUGUCCUACGCCGAGAGCCUGCGCAGCAUCCCGGAGACGCAGGUGACCACGCUGGACACCGGCCUCCGCGUCGCGUCCGAGGAGACGGACCUGCCCACCUGCACCGUGGGGCUGUGGCUCGGCGCCGGGAGCCGCUACGAGACCGAGAAGAAUAAUGGCUGUGGCUUCUUCCUGGAGCACAUGGCCUUCAAGGGCUCGAAGAAGUUCCCCCAGUCCGCUCUGGAGCAGGAGGUGGAGAGUCUGGGUGCCCACCUCAGUGCCUACACCUCCCGCGAGCAGACGGCCUUUUACCUGAAGGCCCUGUCCAAGGACCUGCCCAGAGCGGUGGAGCUGCUGGCGGAGGUGGUGCAGAACGCCGAGCUGGCCGACUCAGACCUGGAGCGCCAGCGCGGCGUGGUCCUGCGUGAGCUGGAGGAGGCGGAGUCCAGCCUGCAGGACGUGUGCCUGGACCUGCUGCACACCACCGCCUACCAGGGCACGCCGCUGGGCCAGUCCGUCCUGGGGCCCUCCGAGAACGCCAGGACUUUGACUCGGCAGGACCUGCUGGAAUACAUCAGCUCCCACUACAAGGCCCCGCGCAUGGUGCUGGCGGCCGCAGGAGGCGUGAAGCACAGUGAGCUGGUCAGUCUGGCCAAGCAGCACCUGGGCGGUUUGGGGUUCACGUACGAGGGCGACACCGUUCCUGUGCUGGCGCCCUGCCGCUUCACUGGGAGUGAUAUCCGCGUGCGAGACGACGCACUCCCCCUGGCCCACAUCGCCAUCGCGGUGGAGGGCGCCAGCUGGUCGAACCCCGACAUAGUGCCGCUGAUGCUGGCUGUAGCCAUGAUCGGCAACUACGACAUCACCUACGGGGGGGGCAAGAACCUCAGCGGCCGGCUGGCCCAGCUCGCCGUGGAGGACAAGCUCUGCCACAGCUUCCAGUCCUUCAACACCUGCUACUCCGACACCGGCCUGUUCGGCGUCCACUUCGUCACCGACAAGCACAACGUCGAGGACAUGCUGCACUGGGUGCAGAACCAGUGGAUGAUGCUGUGCACCACGGUGACCGAGAGCGACAUGGCCAGAGCCAAGAAUGUGCUGAAGACCAGUCUCGUUGGCCAGCUGGAUGGUACGACUCCAGUGUGCGAGGAGAUCGGCCGCCAUUUCCUCAGCUACGGUCGUCGCAUCCAGUUAGCUGAGUGGGACGCCAGGAUCGACGCGGUGACUUCGAGGCAGCUCCGUGACGUCUGCACCAAGUACAUCUACGACAAGUGCCCGGCGGUGGCGGCUGUGGGUCCCAUUGAGCAGCUUCCCGAUUACAACCGGAUCCGCAGUGCCAUGUACUGGCUGCGCUUCUGAGACCCCUGAGAAGCUGAAGAGCUCCUACCCCCUCGUCUUUCCUGGUGUUGUCCUCUCUUUCCUCCUCUUCCUCAGACGCCCUGUCCUCCUCCACCAGAUCCUCCUCCUCCUGCUGCUGUGUCCUGCCUGUCCUCUCCUCUGCCAGACUACCUCAGCGAGGGGCCUUCUGCAGUCUUGAGGGCAGUGGGUGUUGCUGGUUUCUUCUGUUCUUCUUGUUUUGUUAGUCAUUUAAAACAAUGUAAAACCCCAAAAAUUUCAAGAGCCGCCCACACAAGAGGAACAGGAAACCGUAGGAAUUAAAGACAGAAGUUCAGAACGCUGUUUGUUUUCCUGUUCCAAGAACAUUUCCAGGUUCAUCUGUUCAGCCUGCAGGUCCACUGUGUGCUGAUCGGCUGUCCAGAUCUGUCGCUCGGUAGCUUUUGUAAGCAGCCUGGGCGCCUUGUGUUGUUUUGUUUAUAUCCUGUUCACCUUUGUGGUGCACAAGCAGGUCCUGUCUCUCACAGUUGCUCACAGUUGUGUGGAGAAGCGAGAAACUGGGGUUUUGCUUUGAUGUCUUGCUGAUGGGGUUAAAGUGCAGAUCGAGGGAGCUGGACUGAAGAGAAGAGGGGGCUACCUUACUGUCUGGAUUGUUUCCAUAGAAAUAAAAUGUAUAUAGAAAUUGAAAGCGAAAGGCUGAAUUAAAAGCUUGUGAAGUGGACAGAAA